CUCGGCCCGAACUAUACUAACGUCCCUAAUUAUAGCCAAAUAAUAAAAAGCGAUCCUUAUAAUAACUAUAUAAAAAGUAUAAAGCGAGACGAAAUUUAUUUUAAAGAGUACCGAUUAAAAGGCUUACGUAUUUAUAAUACGUAA